CUCGGAAUAGGAAUGAGGAUAUUUACUAGUUGAGUUCUUGGCAGAUUUACUUAUAGAUAUAAUUGUCGGAUUAAACCAUUCUAGUGUUUGUGCAGGAAAGGCUUCAUGAGAUGGCUUACACUUAGGAUAUAGCCGUGCGCAUAACCUUCUUUGUUUUUUUGGUUUGCUUUUUCUCUGUAACACCAGGUUAUGAUACUAUCAGCCCCGUUCUUUGGCAGUUGUGCUGAAAUCUAGGUUUAGUUUACGUUCCAGAGCUGAUGUGUGUUGUUAACCUUGCCUACGGCUACACACAGAGCCUACUUGGUGGAUAGAUAAUUGGCACUCGUUGAACAUGAAGCGAGAAGCGAACAUGGCUGGAGGAUUGUUCUCCUCAAAAAGGUUCCUAUUGCUGAUGAUUGUGUUUUUGAUGGCUGGCACAGUUUUGUUCCUCACUCUGUCCCAGAGUACCGCGGAGGUCAACAAAAGUACACAUCUCCAACAGAACGUUGUCGUUGGCGAGCCCAAGAAGAACGCUGGGUAUUUGAUUAAAGACCAACUGCCAGCAGACGAAAGAAUAACAGAGAAACCAAUACAAAGAAAGAUAGAAAUUCCGGUCCACAAGCCUGCUGUACGUAGGAAAAAUAUUGUGGAUAACUCAGGAGCGAUGCUGUACUUACAACAAUACAGAGAUCUAUUUGAUGCGAGAGCGGACUUGUCGAACGUGGACCCUAACAAGAACAGCACUAUAGUGAAGUGGUGGCAGGCUGCGGCGAUGAUAGAUUGGUAUAUACAUUCACCAAUUCGCUAUAAAUGUGAAAACAGAGUAGCUGUUGGCAAUUGGCACAUUUGUCAGGAUUCAAAAUAUACAAUAAAGCCUCCUUGUCUUGUGUAUUCAUUUGGUAUUAACUUUGACUUUUCCUUUGAUGAUGCCAUGACAAAGUUAGGCUGUGAAGUUCAUUCCUUUGAUCCAAGUAUGGAUAAAGAAACACACAGACGGGAGAAUAACUCUACAUUCCACAACUUAGGUCUCAGUAACACAAACACUGAUGGCUUCUUACCAAGAAAAGAUGGCUAUGUCAACAAACCUCAAGUCUGGAAGAUGAGAACCUUGAAGUCUGUGAUGAAAGAACUUGGUCAUGAAGAGAAAGUAAUUGAUGUUUUAAAAAUUGACAUUGAAGGCCAUGAGUGGGCAGUAAUUGAUAAUAUGAUGGAAACAGGUGUUUUUAAAUAUGUCAGACAGUUUAUGUUGGAGUUUCAUUUAUUUCCUGAUUGGCCAGUCAAGGAAGACUAUGUCAAUUUAUAUCAGAUAUACACAAGAUUAAGAGAAAUGGGUUUUAGCGAGUACGCUGUUGGGCCACACCCUAAAACUUUAAAAGAGGAUAAGUUCAACAACCAAGGUGACUCUGAAUAUGUUAAUAUAUUUUUUGAACAAAAUAACAAUUUGGAAUUAUGAUGUAGCUUCUAAAGUCUCAUCUAUACAAUUAAUAAUGAUAUAUUUUUGUUCAGUUAUAUUGAACAUUUAAUAUUUUGAACUAAUCGAGAUAAUUCUCUGAAGUUUGAUAUUCCAUAGAUUGACAUAAUAUGGUUAUUGCUAUAAAAGAACAUAUAAUCAUUUUUAAAAAAUUGAAAUGACAAUGUAACAUUAGUGUUGUCAUUCAUUGUCAUUUUUAAAAGGGAAGUAACUUUAAAAAAAAAGAACAACUAUAUAAUGUAUCCAUAUGUAUGUAUAAAAUGUGUAUACUUAUAUGUACCAAUAUUUGUUGUUUUUUUGUGUGUACCUGUAUGUGCAAAUGUUCAUGUACCUAAGUGUGCAUGGUCAUGUUGUUGUUCCAUUUUUUUUGUAUCUGGAUAUUGAAAGAACCAUAAUGUAAUCACAUACAUAUAAGUACAAGAAUGUAGCAGUACAUAUGAACAUGCAUAUCCGUGUAUUCAAAAAUACAGAUAUCUAUAUACAAGUAUAUACAAAAUUAAAUACAUACAAGUACAAAUAUGACUGUACACAUCCAAAAGUGUGAUAUAUUUUUAUCUGCAUUUUGUCUUGUCAAAUUAUGAAGUAAACUGUUUUCUUAAAAAAUGUUUACUCAAGAUGUCAAAUAUUGCUGAUGGAAGAAAUAAUGAACAUACCAUCGUACACUUAAUAUUUUUCGUACAAUAUUGUCAUUUGGGUUUUAUUAAGCUAUGGCUAAUAUUCUGACACAUAAAAUACUAAUAGAUUGAGAUGAUUAGAAUAGAGAACUGGACUUUUUGUUUUGUUAAUUUUUGGGAUGACAUUCCUUCAGAAUUGAAGAUUAUUAAUUACUAGCCCAAGCCUAAUGUAGAUGACAUGAGAUGGUAGCAGGCAGUCAAAAACAAAUGCCACACAACAAGGUAAUUAUCCAAAUAGUUUUCAAGUAAAUGGCAGGUAAUCUGGACAUUUCCUGACUUUCAUUUCAUUCAUCAAUUCAGUUGGGUGCCUGGUUAAGUGGUAAGUACUUCAUACUAUCAUGAGAGUGUCUUAAGUUCAAUUUAUGCCCACCGUAAUUCCCAGUUAUCUCAAAGGGAGGGGAAGAAUAUAACUAUUGUCCUUUCUGAAAGAACAUUUGAAACUAAUAAAAAUAACCAACAUUUUAUAGCCCUUUUUUUAGAUAAGGAGGGUAACUUUUUUAUUACUCCCGAGUUUUUAGAUUCCCAUGUCAUCACAAAAGGAAUAAGAUAUUCUAUAAAAUAUUUCUAUUGGAGAGAUAUUCACAUGUUUUAUAAGUAGGCUCAACUUUGUUUAGUGAGAAAUAAGAGUUGCUAGUCAACAAACACAAGUUUGAACAUACAAAUAAGAUUAGCCUGCGCAUUAAUCAAUAAGACAUAAGGUGCUGAAGUACAUGUCUACUAGAUUAGCUAAGACAUUUGAGUGAGAAAUAAAUGCCUUAUACAUUUAAUUAUUAAUACUUAAAGGGAAGAAAAGCAUGCAUAAACCAUUACAGUGUAGGAGAAAAGUAAAUCUAUGAUCAAAUAAUUGUUACAUUGCAGGGACAAAAAUAAAUAUUUUUUUGGAUGCCAAACAAAAAGCACCUUAAUUUUCAAUUCUACCACUUGUUAAAUCUGUUAUGAGACACUUAAUCAUACAUCAAACAGAUCCAUCAAUAGUAGAUUAUGAGAACUUUAAUCUUGGUUCAACAAAUGACAAUAUGUCAAUAAUAACCUCGUUUAUAUUACUUUACUUCCUAAUCCCUUUUUUUAUCUUAUUCUCUUUCAACAUGCAUUAGCACCAUUCCACAUUCACGCUAUGCUACACUCACAACAAAUGAGAAAUUUUUAACUCAGAAGUUCAAAACCAACAUAUUUGAUGCCCAACAUUUAGUUCUGAGUGAUUUGAACUAGGUCAUGCAGAUCUAUUAAAUAACAAAAGAAACAAAAAUAUCUAAGUUUCAAAUAAUGACAUUUUUUUUUUUGGUCACUUUUUGUUACUGUGUUAAUGUAAUUGUUAGGUUUCUUAAUGCUUUUUUUUUUUCACUUUUUAAUACAUGGGACAAUGUACAACAAUGCUUUGUAUUUUUGUUUUUGAUUGUGAUAACACAAGAUUGAAUGCAUAAUAUUUAUAGAUAUUCACUAAUCAUGCUUUGGAAAUCUGUUUUCAUAGAAGCAUGCUUAAAAAUUUUUUAAACUCAAAAGAUUUGACAGAAAAGUUAAAGGCACUAAUUUACUGUUCCAACUGAAACCAAUAUAGCUUUUGCUUUAAAGACUUUGUAAAAAAACAACAAUUUACUAUAUUUUGCUGAGUAACAAAUUAAAAUAUUCACAUUUUUUAUUAGUUGAUUCAAUUUAAAUUCAACUAUGUAAAUGUUAAAAGUUGUCUAAAUAUGAAGACAGUUUUUUUUUUUUUUUUUUUUUUGGUAUUUUUAUUUACAACUUUUUUUGUGUACAUACAAAAUGAACAGUGGACAUCAAUUCUUGGUGUGUUUUUGUUUUUCAUAACGUUAUGACGUUUGGGGCUGAUGUUUUCUGAAAUAUACUUUUCAUACUUUUUAUUUGUAAAUAUCACUUUGAAAUGAGAGAAUAUUGUUUAUUGUCUGGCUCAACAAUUCAAGAUUGUAACUCACACUGUUUAGUCUACUACUGGUUCAUGUAUGUAAACUUAUUUUGUCAUUUUACAUUCUAUCGGCUGAGCCUGUGCAGUGUUUAAAUAUUAAGUAUUUAUGUAACUGCAUUUUGAUUUAGAAUUGCUUUGUGUGUUUAGCAUACCUAUUUUUGUUUCCUUUUCCAAUGUUAUUUCACCAUCCAUUCCCUUUUAUAUUCUAACCCUCUAAUUUCCCUCAAUUAACUUCCUACUUGGUAUUUGCUUAACUGUAACUCCCUUAGACCCAAGAAUAUGGACUUGUUCUUGAAGUGUUGUUCAUCACCACACCAGCCUAUACAAAAAUGAACUAAUCUAAUACUUUUUUUUUAGAAUUGUGAAGAGGUCCAUUUUUCUUCGUGCAUGUGGUCACAGCUAGCCUAUGUGCCUAAAAGGUGCUGGUGGAUCAAAGUGUAUGUGAUUUGAGAAAUUUGACCAUGUCAAUGAUCCAUAAUACAGCGCACUAUUGUUAUUUUUAGGAUUGAUGUUAAGAUGUGUGUUUUUUUGAAUGAGUAGUUAGAAUGAGUAUUAUUCAUCCUAUUUGGAGCGUAAAUAAGUUCUAGUUCUUUUGCAGUAAUAUACACCGAUAAUAAAAUACUCUCCUACAUUAAAUGGUUGCAAAGUUAACUUCCUUGAGGCGUUCAACUGUUGCUGGUACAUUUUUCUGUUUGCUAUGUUAAACCAUUCUUCUAAACUAAAACUUUGUUAUACCUCUUCUGCAGCAAAAGAAAACAUUAUGGAUCCAUCAGUAUUCAGUCAUUGUACCACUAUAGCGUCUACUUUUUUUUUUGUUCUUUAGCAGUUUAUUUUAUUUAUUGGACUGUCUCAGAAGCCUUUGCAUAUUUAAAGAUUACCUUUUAGAUAAUACAAUGCAAAUAAUCUGAUUAGUAAAUAUGAUGAACUUUAAAAAGUACAACGGACACUAACCAACAUUUUAUUAUAAGGCUAACUCAACUCACACUGUCUAGUAAAAGGUUUGUACGCGUUAUUUCUCCCACACCCAAUCUCGGAUUAAGUUGAAAUUUUGCACAAUUAUUUACUUUUACCUGACAUAAGAAUCGAAACUAUUUACCAAUUAGUUAAUUUACGAUUGGUAAUUGAUUAUUUUGUUUAGUAUCUUAAACAAGGUAAAGAAAUCGUACUUCACAGAGGUGGUGGUAUAAGUUGAAUUAGUUCCCUUGAGGACUCAUGUAAACAUUCACCAAGAUACCCCCUUUCACAACUGGCCCAGACAAGUGAUAGGAUUAGAGUACACUGAGAAAGCUAAGGGCUAAACAAAAGCAAUUAGUAAAAAUAUUUCUGAUCGCACAGAUUUAUUAUGUCUAGGUCGGAAUUACAUAUAAUUACAUAAUUAAUCCGAACUAAUGGAUACAAGUACACUUAACAUAAGCUUUGUUGUUGGUUUUUUUUAGAUGUAUUUUUAUGUUUCUAUUAUGCUAUUUACAUUACAGCCAACACUUUAAUGCGACGGGUAAAGCCCCAAAAGUUUUACACCAUUAUAUAAGUAUGUCCCUUUUCAAUGUUCGCUACUGAAGUUAUUCUAAAUAUUAGGCAUUUUAAUAACUGAAACAUUUCUUUCAACGUCAUCAACAUGUAGAACAAUUUUUAUGUUUUGAUUUUUGCUUUUGAUGAUCUUACAUUAUUGUAAGUUAAAUACUGUGCUUCUAUUCAGGUCGAAGUCAUUCAAGUUUUGGUCUCUGCUUGUUAAGAUAAAAACUAUAUUUAAAAAAAAAAAAAAGCAAUGGAAAUAAAUGUUAUGACGACAUUGA